AUUCCACGUCCGCCACUGAACGCAAGAUGACGCUCCACAAGCUGCCCGCCAAGUGCAUUCUGCUCGUGGUGUUGCUGCUCCUGCUGGACUCCAGCCUGGCCAGGUCGCAACAGUUCUUCGUCGCCGAGGAUGUGAUAACAGGAACGGCAACUGAAACGGGAACUGCAGCUGCAAGCAGAACCGUAUUUGGUGAUGAUCAAUUGCCCAUCAACGAUCCAUCGGAUCUAAGUGCUGGUUUAAAUUUGGCGCCCGUUGGCAGUCUGAUUGCGGCAGCAGCGAAUGCCGUACCCCCUGCCCCUGUUCAAUUUAUUCGCACGGCCAUGAACAGCGGGCUCUGACCGCCAGGUGGCGCUAACCUGAAUUCCAAAAUAACCCAAAAAUAAUUGUCUCUAAUUUUUAAGCGCCUUUUCGGGCAAGCGUUUUAAUUACUUUGUAAAGCUGCAUUUUUGUUUUGUUUUUUUUUUUCUUUUUGUUUUUCAUUAAGCUGAACUGCUUUGAUUUUUUUUGCCGUCUUAAUGUUUGUUUGUGUCGAGCCAAGUGCUAUAAAUGAUUUUAUAAUACUCGUUUAAUCUGGUUACGACUUUUUCGGAGCGAUAAAAACUGUGCAGUUUGGAACUCAGUUUUCAAAGCCAUUUUUCUUAUCUAAAUGUGUUAUCAAGGAAAUCUC